AUGUCCAAGAUCAAUCCCUGUCAGGGUGAACUCGGAGAUGCUGCAGUCACCGCCAACAACCCUUUUGGAGCUGUGUACGAGGCGACUCUGCCGGACAUCGCUUUCCACAAAAAAGCUUUUCCCGGUGGAGGAAAUGUGAGGGGCUCCAUAUUUGCCCUUUCUAGCCCGGACGGCAUCGGAGUCAUCUUCAA